UCCAUCAAUCGGGUCAGACAUAACUUAAAAGUUUCCGGUGAAAGAACCUUAAACCUCAAAAACCCUUUUUUCUCUCAUAUCAUUUCAUUUCAUGAUGGCUGAAACGCCGGCAUCUCCUAUCAACGGAUCUGUUUGUGCUCCGCUUCUUCUGUCCGAUUCGGCGGCUAAAGACGUGAUGAUAACUUGGUUUCGCGGGGAGUUCGCGGCGGCGAACGCCAUAAUAGACGAGCUAUGCGGGCACAUAAUGCAGGUGAGCGGAUCAGAGGGAGAGGAAUACGAGGGGGUGAUGGCGGCGAUUCAUAGGCGGAGGAUGAACUGGAUCCCAUUGCUCCAGAUGCAGAAAUACCAUCCUAUCUCCCAAGUUACCCUCCAGCUUCAAACCGCGACAGCGGCCAAGAUCAACAACAACAACAAACUCAUCAUGGCCGAUUCAAUCCUCGACGAUGAUUCUCCCACUAGCGAUAUCACUGAUUCCGCAGGAUCUCGAGAAGAAGAGCGUGUGGAGGAGGAGGAGGAGGCCAUGACAAUAUGUUGCAAGCACGAAGAAGAAUGUGAACCUCGAGCUUCUUCACUCAUCAAGCAGUCCAACCGUUUCUCGGCCAAAGAACAUGUUCGAGGACAUACGACUAAUGUCGUCAAAGGGUUAAAACUGUACGAACAUGUGUUCACUGGAAUUCAACUCUCCAAGCUUUCGGAUUAUGUUAAUGGACUCCGAGAGGCUGGCCGGAAUCAGGAACUUCCAGGGGAGACGUUUGUUCUGUUCAACAAGAACACGAAAGGGACCAAAAGAGAGCUUAUUCAGCUUGGAAUCCCAAUUUUUGGGAACACCACAGAUGAACACUCAGUGGUGGCACCUAUCCCAACCCUACUUGAAAGUGUGAUUGAUCAUCUUCUUCAGUGGCGUUUGAUUCCUGAAUACAAACGACCCAAUGGCUGUGUGAUCAACUUCUUUGAUGAGGAGGAACACUCCCAACCAUUCCAGAAACCACCUCACGUGGAUCAACCCAUAUCCACUCUGGUCUUGUCUGAAUCAACCAUGGUUUUUGGACACCGAUUUGGGGUCGAUAGUGAUGGCAACUUCAGGGGCUCACUCACUCUCCCACUAAAGGAAGGGUCGCUACUGGUGAUGAGAGGUAACAGCGCUAAUAUGGCUAGGCAUGUCAUGUGUCCAUCGCUGAACAAAAGAGUCGCAAUCACUUUCUUUAAACUCAAACCAGACUCCAGUAGUAGUAGUAAGGCCCAACCGCCGCUAACCAUGAACCAUGUCACCCUGUGGCGGCAAGGCACUCCAGCCCCACCCGUUUUAAACCCAUUCGGCCUUGUCAGAGCUCCGUUGGUGAUGCUAGCUCCGGCUCCCAAGAGGCUAGACGCUGGCACUGGAGUUUUCUUGCCGUGGACACCUCCUCCGCCAGUCCCAAGAAAACCAACAAAGCAUCUCCCACCGCGUGUCCAGAGGCUGCGUCUCCUAACAUCAGCUGCAAAGUCGGUGGCAGACCGUGAAGCCACGUCAGCACCGGAGAUCGGAGUGAGCUGAGUCGGAUAGUGUCACACACGUUAUCUACCAAGUCAGCAGAGUUUUUUAUUGAGUUUCCUUGAUCGUAUACUUCACGUUUGGUGCUUUUUUUUCUUGUCCAUUCCUAAUCUUUUCUUCUCUUUCAUUUUACUACAAUUAUUAUGAUAUGAUACAUCAGCCGUUAUAGUUCA